GAUGCUGUCAUCCUUAUGUCAGUUUCAUAUUAGUAUUAAAAGUAUCGUGUUCACUUCUCAAAAUUAUUGUUAACAAACGUGAUGUCCCUUUCCUCAAACAAUUUAAAUGAAAAAAACUCUUAGAUCCAUCCGUUAAAAUGUUGAUUCAGCUCUCUGGGUGUUUUGAAAUACUUGCCAAAUUCAAUGCUAAGAAUUUUGAAAAUUUUAAAUAUACUCGAAUGCAGUUUUAUAGAAAACUUUCAUUGCAGAAAUACGAUGCAUCAAAGGAAAUUAUCGUACAAAACAAUAACAACUACCAAAGAGUGAUUACGCCUCAGUCAGCCUAUAGAUCUUCAAAAUUUCAACAAAAAGGAAUUAUUUUAACAUGUCGUCAAAAGAAAAUAAAAUAUUUUAGGCACAAAGAACUAUGUUUUUUGGCAUGGGCGGUAACUCAUUUGAUUUAUUGGUUAUAUGAUCUACAAAUAAUCCCGUUUGGAAGUCUUUUAUCAAUUGAACCACCUCCUUGGACAUUUCAGCAGCCACUGAAAAAACCUGAAGCUCGUAACUAUAUUAUUGAACCAGAUUGGAGUUCGGCCCCCACCAAAUCUAUUUGUAUAUAAUUUGAUAAGUUAAGUUAUAUCGCUAAGUAAUAAAAAAAUACAUUUUCAUAGCAUAUACCUAUAUGUCGUACUUAUUGUAUAAAUAUGUAAAACAAAAUUGUUUUUAAAUAUAUACCUAGUUAGAGAA